AUGUCUUACAUGCCCGGGCGUCUAGUAAAGUCUGGUCUAGAGCGGACAUGUCCAACAGAUGAAGCCCUAGCUUUUAGUUUAUCUAUACUUCAUGCUCACUGUGAAGGAUGUCAUGACCGAUACUGCAACAUAUCUCCUGAUGGUAACAGCAGCUGUGAGGUCAUUGAGUGCAGUCAGUCAUGUGGACAGCGACUACAUAUGUGUAAAAUUGAGGAUCACAAGAAUAUCUGUUCUCUUGAGAAGGUGCCCUGUACUAAUCACAGCUAUGGCUGUCCGCUGGAGAUGACCAGAAAUAAGAUAAAUGCCCACAUUCGAGUUUGUCCAGCAAGCGUGAUGCGAUGUGUGAUUGAGUGGAAUCGCUGGCCGAUGCACUCAGCAGAGGAGAACAUUAAAGCCCCCUUACCACUGGACAAUCCACAUGUACGAUGUGGUCAGCUGGAUGUAGCUUUGGCUCUCAGGGACCAGAGGAUGUUGAUGGAGUCCAUGAAAGCCCCUCAAAGGAUCAGAAAGGUCCUCCAGAAUACAAUAACUCAGCGAUAUCCGGGAGUCCCAUUUGAAAAUCGUAGUGGGUCCAUAGACUCCGAUUGCCCAUCAGAUACAGCCUCAGUGACAGUAUCUGAUGAUGAGUUGGAUGCCCCAUGGGAAAAUACACGAUUUCCUCCAGGGCUUAAGAUGAGUGUUUGUUCAAAACUCUAUCGUGCAACUAAACAUAUAUCAGAAAAUUUAACCAUGGCUUCAAAUCCUGCAUCAUUGCUUGGACAAAAGCAGGAGCACCUGUCUGAUAUCCGAGAGGAACAGGACAUCAAGCUAAACAUCAAUUCAUAUGAUAUUGAUUCCAAAAUCAAAGACAAAGUCGAAUCAAUGUCUAUAGCAUGCUCAGAAUUUAAUACCAGCUCUUCAACAACAGAAAAUCCGGGAACUGAAGACAGUUGUUCUUGUGAUAGAACUCUCAGCAGUUCAAGAUAUGAUUCUAGCCUCUCAUGCAAUGCUAGUAGUAUGGAAUCUCUGGACAUGAUCAGUCAGGUUGGUGAUAGUAAGUCUGAUAGUGGUGACCAGCAGACAGUCAAUGAUCAUUUUGUGGAACUGUACAAAAAAGAUGUCAAACUUCAUGAACUGUUAGGUGUGAGUCUCAAUAUCGAGUGUAUAUCCAAGUACAUUUCUAAACACCCCAAAAUGUACACCUUUCUCUGUGCUCAAGAUUUCCGUCGUGAGGAAUACACAUGGCACUUCAAAAACGUACACAAUGACAUUCACUGUGGAUUGAAUGGCGUUGUGGAACAGCGUUGUCCGUUAGCCUACCUAGGAUGUACAUAUUCUCAUCAGAGACUUGUUCCAGGGGAGCCGAGAGGACAGAUUGUACACAGCUCUCUGCUGGAGAGUUUUGGUUUGCUCACUUGCCAGGAGGAGGACAGUAUGGAAGAUGACACUAUUAUCCCCAGUAAAGCUUCCAACCCUGACCCUGCUCACUUAGACUCAAAUAGUCAUGUGACAGACAUCUAUGCUGAAGUUCCGAGACAACGACUAAGGGAAGCCACUCCAGAAAUUGUUACCUCUCACAAGUUUGACUCUAGAAUAAAAGUGUAUCCACGAUUCCGUAAUCUCUCUGGGGGAUACAGCUUUGUGACCAAGGCUCAGAAAGACGAUGAAGAGUUGUCUCCCCUCCUUUGUUUACCAGUUGAAGUUUUAAUACACCUGGUGACCUUCCUGGACAGCUUUAGUCUGUGUAAUUUGUCUCUUACCUGUAAACUUUUCCGCAACAUCACUUGUUCCAUCCUCAUCAAUAAGGGUAUGGUGAUCCCUGUCUGGGAAAAGGUCAAAUCCGGGUCAAAGGUUACUUGGCAGAUCUCGCACAAGAAGUGGUCAUUCAGUACAAGUUUCACACCAAUACAUAAGUGGCUGUACAGUAAUUCAAGUCCUUUGUCUGAACAUCUCAAGGUGUGUCCUUUUAAUCGCCUUGAAGACAAGAUCGUUUCCAAGGAUAUGUGGACCUACACUUCCAGCCUGGGAAAGGAUGGAUCUGACAUAGCCAUCAUCAGUACCCUUCAACACCUGAAGCAGAUGCAUUCAGAAGUUAACCGUUUUGACAAUUUUUGGGUUGAUUGACACAUCUGGAAACAAAAGUCUGUAAUAUGAAAUCUAAUACUUUGGCUUUGCGGAUCAAAGCUUUCCAUGCAGGUUAACUUUCAUCUAUUUUUCCCUUUUGUCAAAUACAAAAAAUAAAAAGAGGGUGAAAUUUCAAUGCUAAAUUUAUAUACUUUUAAGAGAAAGGGUUUGGGGGGUGGGGGGAGUUAACACUUUUAUACACUGAUGGAUGGAACAACCAGAGAGCUUGUUUUACUGUUUUUAGGUCACCUGAUCUUGAGGGUCAUGCUUCAUACAUUGUGCAAAAAAUUGACAUUUUUGACUUCCUCGUAAUAAACUAAUGGCCCAGAGUACUGAUAAUGUGCCUGUAGCAUGCUGGGAUUAAGGGCUACAAAGUUCAUCAAAAAUGAAUGACCAUGACCCACUUUCAAGGCCACAGAGGUCAAAUGUGUUGAAAUAUUUAUGCAACUUCUUCUCAAUCACCAAAAGGCCCAGGGUGCUGAUAUUGGGUCAGUAGCAUGCUGGGUUGAAGGGCUAUCAGGUUUGUUCAAAUGAAUGGCCUUGACCUUCAUUCAAGGUCACAGGGGCCUAAUACACUAAACUACAACAAAGAGUAUUAUCACUUUGUUAUCAAAGAGUGUUGAAAAUUAAGCCUUCAAACUAAGAAACAACUUUAACUUUCUAAGUAUGCAUAUAUCAGUUCUGUUCUAUCAGCCCCAAUACUUAAAGUUCUUAAACUAUCCAAAGACCUGAAGACCUCAGGUGAUCGUUAACGCCCUUGAGCCUCUUGUUUUAUAUAUAUAUAUAUAUAUAUCUCUGAAGAUUGGUGCUUUAUUUAAUGUCAUGUUAUUCUCAAACCAAGAGAAGUUGACACGUUGAAAAGUAAGAAAAUGCAAGUAUUAUUAGUUGCUUGAAAUCAAAAUUGAUGCAAUAAAUCUGAAAUUUGUUUGGUUCUCUUCAACAUCAGAUAACCAAAGAGUUUCCAUAAAGAUGAUUUUUAUAAGAAAUGUUGAUUCAGCUUAAAGUUAGUUUUGUUCUGGACUUAUAGACUGUCCUUAAUAUAAAUAUGGUAUGAAAGACUACUUGUUAUUGCUACUGAUUGCUGUAUAAUGUGUUGUUGAGUUUGUGUUUUAAGACAGGACAUAAUUGCUCACUUGAUUUAUGUUACCUUGGAUGAAGAUCCGAGUUACAAAUCUGUGGCAGUUUGUGUCUCUUGUGAAACUGAGAAACAGACCAAUCUGAGCUAUUAUGGUUGAUAUAGUAUAAUAUAGGACACUUUACCCUAUUUAGUCAAGAUGGCAGACCUCCUGUAUGUUGUUCAGUGAGGUAGGCACCAGAAAAUAUCUAUUUUUUCAAGAUUUAUGUGAUACUUUUGAUGGAAAAGGUUGAAAUCUAGAUGCUUUAAAAUUGUAACAUAAUGAUGAUGAUACAUAUUCAGUUUAAUACUUGUAAUUCAUGUUUCAGGGGAGAAAAACCUUUUUAGAUUUAAGUGUAAAAAAUGUCUGGACGGAUAAUGGAGGAUUUCAUUCUACAUGGAUUAGUAUGAUAAGUAAUUUGUCAAUUUUUUAAAGACAUACCUUUUCUUUAUUGUAACAUAUGGUUGUAGGAUUCAGAAGAAAAACAAUACAACACUGAUACGAUGUUGAAUGUCUGUACAUCUUAGAGUACAUUUGGAAAUAUUAACACAUGAUAAGCAAAAGAAAAGAGAGAAAAAACAUACAUUGUUGUAUCAGUUGUGUAAUUCUUAAUGUUAUUAUGAUGUCCCUGUCAUUAUAUGGUGAAGCAAUUAUUGUUACACAGGUCCCUUCCAUCCCAAACAAUGUCAUAUCCUUAGAAUCUGACAACUGAUUUGGUUCAAAUUUACCCUAUAACAUCUUGUUCUACACAUAAACUGAUUCUGGGUUUUGAUAGAAGCUUGCAGAGGUAUUCAUGUUUGGUAGACUUUUUCUAAUCGUUUUAAACUUGUUCUUGCUUUCUUUGAAAUUUAUUUUACUGCAAAGCAAAGUACGUUGUGAACUUCCUUGACUUAAAAAUUUGAAGAUGUCACUUCUUACUUAUAUUCUGAAACUUUUAUAGUUACCUGUGUAAAUAGUAAUAGACAAUAAUCCACCUUGUUUAAAAACAUGAUAAAUAUUAUGUUACAGAAAUAUCACAUCCAAGUACAAUAUGCUGGUACGUUGUUGUAGUUAUAUGUCAUCAGAACAAAGGUCUCCUUUAGUGAGAUAAAACUCAGCAAUAUGUAGAGUUAUGUAAACAAAAAAAAACAAAUUAAAAAACAAGCACAACAAUAACAGUGAAUUGUUUUACAUGGUAAUAUUUAUUUUGCUAAUUGCCUAAAUCCAAGUGAAUGAAUAUCUAUGCAUUCACUUAUAGAACUUAUAUAUCUAUAGCAGUAAGCUUUCAAAAGUUUUGCCCGUAUCAUUGUAAAAUUCAAAUUGGACUUUUCCUAUUUUACAUAUUGGACAGAGAUACCUUGCUAUGAAUUUAAAACUAUGAAAAUAGAGAAAGUUGGAUUUAUCAUUGUGUUUUUUUUCAUCUUUUUCUGUGAACAUAAAGAAUACACGGUCAAUGUCUUAAAAUAUAAGCUGUAUUUAUAAGGUGAAGAAAGACGAAAGUGGCGAGUCUCUGGUGAGCACCUGUUUUUUGUCUUCCUGUCUCGUGACAAAAUACAGCUUAUAUUUUAAGACACUGACCAUGUUUCUAUUAAUCCAGCAACAUUGAAUGAAAAUCAGACAAUCAAAUCCUUAAUAAUUUUGUUGUCCAAUCUUUGCUUACCCGAUUUUAACGUUACACUGAAUUUUACCUGAUGAUGUAUGCCAAAAUAAUUGUUCCGUGCAGAGAUAUAAUUCCAAACUGCAAGUGAUUUUACAGCAAUUUUAUGAAUUGUCGUAAAUAAACUUUGUCAUUACAAUAUAUAAAAUCGCUACUUUCAACAGUUACUAAUAUUGUUAAAUUAAAUUUUAAAGUAAAUUCAGAAAGCAAUUAAUGCGAAUUAAAGCACAUGUUGAAAUACAGCUGUUUUCUGUCAUUGCCGAAUCCAGUAAAAAUAUAUGUGGAAAGUGUAUUCUGACAACGGCAGAGCCAGUUGUAGGAUAAAUGUUUAUAUGUACUUAUCAUACCUUUCCUUUUCCACUUACACAUGAUUGAAAAUUACAGUCCUGAAUAUGAUUCUCAAUGACUGUUUUUUUCACAAUUCAGAUUUGAAAACGUGCAAAUUUAUCUGUGUAAUGUUGCAAUAUUAUCAGAGCGUGUUCAACUGUUCAGAUUUUGCGUAUGGACAAAUUGAAGAACAACACUUUGACAACAGUUCUAAAUAAAGGUGAGAAUAUGACCCAUGGUACCUUUACUGGAGAAGCACACUGAAAUGUGUGAGAUUGUGAAGUUUCAUAUUUAUAGCAAGUAAAAUACCAACAAAUGUUAACAAACAACAGUGUGUAUUUUGCAUAAAAUAUAUAGAGAGAAUAUAAAGUGUGUUUAAACAUGAUAUUAACCAAAAUGUUAUAUUAAGAGAAAAUUUAUCUUUGUAUAUUUAUUGAGCUAUAUAUAACUUAUUGUAGAGGAAAUCAUCCCCAAUUCUUAGUUUAUCUACAAUCUACAUAUAUAAUUAUAUAUUUGAGCCAAGUGGAGACAGUGAAACAAGCUAUUAGUUUUCAGAUGUUUUUGAACCUGGAUUUUAGAUUUUGCAGAAUAUCAAGUUCUAGCUUAAGGAAAGUAAAUUAAUAGCAAAUAAAAUACUGGUUUCUUUAUCCUUGUUCUAUGAAGAAAUAUCAUGUGUUUAUGUGUACUGAUAGUUUGAGAAAUAUGAUGGAUUUUGCUGACCAUGCAUGCCUUGUGUUUGCCAGUUUGUUGUGGAUGUUCAAUGGUUUCUGCUGGUCAGUUGCCUGAUUGUUGUAAUUUAUGUUAAAACCUAUGCAAAGAAGUUCAGUGUCUUAAGUUUCAUUCAUAAUGGUAGAAAAUCGUUAUAAAUUUAAAUAUCCAUUGACCACUUA